AUCUCCAGAUCACCGGAAUUGAGUUCAGUUAGCGAUCUUCUCCUUCGUCUUUGUGGCACUCCUCUGCCAGAGAAAUCUCCUCUUCCUGUCAUGGCCGCCGCCGCCGCCCGCCCCAGCUUCUGCUCGCUCAUAGCCAAGCCUCUGUUGUUCCCGCUGCUGCUGUUGCUGUUCCUGUCGCCAUCGCAAUUAGCGCUCUCCAAAGUCCACCUGCAUAAAUGGGACAUCUCCUACCAGUUCAAGUCCCCGGAUUGCAUGAAGAAGCUGGCGAUCACCGUCAACGGCGAAACACCGGGCCCUACCAUCUACGCCCAGCAGGGCGACACCGUCGUCGUUCAAGUCAACAACAGCCUGGUCACCGAGAAUACGGCCAUCCAUUGGCACGGCAUCCGCCAGAUCGGAACGCCUUGGUUCGACGGGACGGAGGGCGUGACGCAGUGCCCGAUCCUGCCCGGAGACACUUUCGUCUACAGAUUUACCGUCGAUCGACCGGGAACUUACCUCUACCAUGCUCACUACGGGAUGCAAAGGUCUGCGGGGCUCUACGGCCUGAUCCAGGUAGCCGUGCCGGACGGCGUCGCCGAGCCGUUCGCCUACGACUACGAUCGCAGCAUCGUCCUCAACGACUGGUGGCACAAUAGCACCCAGGAACAGGCCACUGGCCUCACCUCCAUCCCCAUUGUCUGGGUGGGAGAGCCUCAGUCUAUCUUGAUCAACGGAAGAGGAAGCUUCAACUGCUCUCUCUCGGGGCCAAAUCAAGUUUGCAACGCGACCAACCCCGAGUGCUCGCCCUUCGUCCUCGCCGUCGUCCCCGGCAAGACUUACCGCCUUCGGAUCGCGAGCUUCAGCUCCCUCUCGGCUUUCAACUUCGAAAUCGAGGGGCACAAUUUGACGGUGGUGGAAGCGGACGGGCACUACGCGAAGCCCUUCGUCGUCGAGAAUCUCACCAUCUACUCCGGCGAGACCUACUCCGUGCUGUUCACCGCCGACCGAGACCCCGGGCGCAACUACUGGCUCGCCGUCAAUGUGGUCAGCCGGAAACCAGGUACUCCGGUGGGAACCGGCAUCCUCAAUUACUACUCAAACCACCCCAGAAGGCUGCCGCCGAGCUCGCCUCCGUCUGGGCCUCCGUGGAAUGACACUGAUUACCGGUUCAACCAAAGCAAGGCCCUCCGGUCACACCCGGCCUACGUCCACCCGCCGCCGCCGGCUGUCGAUCGCAGCCUUCUCCUACUCAACACGCAGAACAAGGUGGAGGGUCGCGUCAGGUGGUCGAUCAACAACGUGUCGUUCAACAUGCCCCACACGCCGUACCUGAUCGCGCUGAAGAAGGGCCUGCGCCACGCGUUCGACCAAGCGCCGGCACCGGAGACCUACGACUACAGGAGCUACGAUAUCUACAUCAACCAGACGAAUCCCAACGCCACGAUCUCGACGUCGAUCUACAGACUGGAGUUCAACUCGACGGUGGACGUGGUGCUGCAGAACGCGAACAUGAUGAACCCCAACACCAGCGACACGCACCCGUGGCACCUGCACGGCCACGAUUUCUGGGUGCUGGGCUUUGGGAUGGGGAAGUUCGUGCCGGGGACGGACGAGAAGGAGUUCAAUCUGGUGGAUCCGAUCAUGAAGAACACGGUGGCGGUGCACCAGUACGGGUGGACGGCAAUCCGAUUCCGGGCGGAUAACCCCGGCGCGUGGGCAUUCCAUUGCCACAUCGAGUCACAUUUCUUCAUGGGAAUGGGCGUGGUGUUCGCCGAGGGUGUGGACAGGGUCGGCAGGCUGCCGACCUCCAUUAUGGGCUGUGGCCAUUCUUGAUCCUUCAUGUCCAUACAAUCCAAUUUGUAGCUCCAUUAUGGGCUGCGGCCAUUGUAACUGUAUCUGAUUUUUCUGCCUA